AUGAGCUUCCAGUUCGAGUGGCCCAGAUUUAGCGAGAGUUUCCACCGCGAUGCCUGUCAAAUGCUCGACGCUGCUCUCAACAAGGGCAACAAACCGCCUAUCAUAGCAGACCGAAUCGAGGUUGUCGAACUCGAGAUGGGCAAACAGCCCCCGGAACUCGAGAUACGGGAUAUCGGCGACCUGACGGUGGACCAGUUUCGUGGAAUUUUCAGACUUAGCUAUGCCGGAGACGCCCAUAUUGUGUUGAGGACCAAAGUCCAGGCUAAUCCACUCAACAACAAAAAGUCCGAUUUCGAUGGCGUUCUAGGCACUUCGCGUGGCAUUCUCGCAGCUCAUCAGCCCCUCGUGGUCCCCAUGCAUCUGAGGUUAUCCCAUUUCAGACUAAACGCCUAUGUUGUCCUCGUCGUCUCAAAACAAAAAGGCAUCACCCUCGUAUUCAAGACCGACCCGCUCCAGAAUGUAGAAGUCAGCAGCACAUUCGACUCGAUUGCCGUUAUCCAAAAGUACAUCCAACGCGAGAUCGAAGGUCAGUUGCGGGAAAUGUUUCGAGAAGACUUGCCCGGGAUUAUCCAUCGAUUAAGCCAACGCUGGUUGGCCGGCAGAGCUAAAGUCGAGACUCCGUAUGCCCAGAAACCAAGGGGGCCGAUCUCGAGCUUGCCAUCUGUGGCCGAGCACGAGCCGACGUCCCCCCGAGCUUCCGAACGUCCGCUCCGGUUCCCGACGGUCGGCCUCCAACCGGCGCUCUCGACGUACUCACUCCCUACCCCUGCAGGCCUCGCGGCGCUCAGGCCCAGGUUGUCUGUCGCACCUUCGAUGGCUGGGAGUGGACGCGGUCGCCAACCAAGUUCGUCCCUCAAUUCGCCAACUACCUCGUCCCUACCUCCACUCGUUCCCUCACCCAUCGACCCACCCGAAACCCCAGAUUCCGAUAUAGACCAAGAGCACUUUGAUCCUACAUACGGUCUCAGGCCUGAAGGUCUGCCAUCUAAAAGCUCGUACUCUGGCUUUAGCAAGCUCUAUGUUCAGAACCGAGGGCUUGGCGACCUUACGGACGGCACGAGCAGCGUUAGCCGACCGAGCUCGGUGCAAGAAGAAAGCGCGUAUUGGGAAGAAGACUCGCCCGACUUGUCGGAUGGCCAUGACGAGCCUGGCGACGAGUACGAAACCAUUCCUGCCGUUGGAGGAGGAACCAUCACCCGGCCGAAAGCAACCGGCUCGGUCGCGUUGCCGCCCAAACCUGCAAAAUCUCUACUUUCACCAUUCCAGUCCGAGUCGGGGCGUGGUCGAAAGAUGUAUUCGAAUCAUCAGAGUCCGUUGAAGCAGUGGGUCGGACACCAAGAGGCACUACGAAGACAGAUGGGCCUGGGUCAAGCAGGAUCUGUUUCACUCCCUACCACCCCGCCACCCCGUGCUCCUCUUUCGCGCGCGGGCUCGAAUAUUCGAUAUGAACCUCAGCAUCAGCACCAGCACCAGCACCAGCAUGAACGCCGACGGGGCGCGUCUUCGUACUUUGGAUCGAGUGCACCGACAGGAUCGCGCUCGAGCGUUGCGGGACGAACCAUUUCCACCCCUCCGUCUUCCGAGCUCCCAGCAAGCGGUGGGGAGGAGCCGGCCCUGAACCGAAAGCGGUCAUUGUCCCCAUCCAUGGUCAGCCCUACCUACUCGCGCGAGGUCAUGCACUACAACAACGACGACCCGAACGUUGUCGACCCUGAGCCCGAAAUCGUCCUGCGCCCGGGGUUGAAUACGACAGUGACCCAGCUGAGCGCAUUGAGCCAGACAAAUCAUACACUUUCGUUGUUUGCGCCCAGCGUGCAGGGCGUGACCGUUCGUAGCGUUCCAAGAAGACCAGGCGGAAGCGUGAGCGCGACGCCACACGCGGAGAGGGUCCCUGUUAAGGCGCGACGAAAACGUGUGUAUCGGGUCGGAAAGAAGAAAGAAGACCCGUCCGAGCAGGGAUCUCAGGUUCCUCUGUCGCCUACGACAUCUCAAUCCGAGUAUGGUCACUAUUUCAGGCACCCCGAGUCUUUAUACGCACGAACCGAUGACGAACGUUUCUAA